CGGGCUGGCGGUGGCCAACACGGGUCAAUGCCUCACGGACACUUUCACCGUGACAAAUCCCGGUGGUGCCAGUCAACCAACCAUAUGUGGUAUCAACUCUGGAGAGCAUAUGUAUGUGGAUGCAUCUGAAUGUUGUAACGACCUGGUGUUCCUUCUUGGUGGGGAGGGCAUUGGGACUAAUAUAAGGCAGCGUCAAUGGUCCAUCAAGAUCACCCAGUAUAGCUGUGAUUAUGAGAACCUGGCCCCUGGUGGAUGUACUCAAUAUUUCUUUGAUACAGACGGCGUCGAUACUGUCCAAACAUACAAUUUUGAUGGGGGUCUUCACUUGGCCAGUCAAAACCAGAAUAUCUGUGUCAGACGGGAACGGGGGAAUUGCAAGAUUUGCUGGACUGCUUCCAAUGACGAAGAUUUCGAUUUGUCAGGAACUUCUUCCCCCUUGGCUUUUGUCACGACUUCAGCUUGUUGCGGUCAUGGAUCAAAUGGAGUAUCUUCUUUCGGUUAUGAUUGCGUGUCCAUCCCUGGGGCUAAAACUGCUUUGGGACCCUCAACGAAAAUAGGCCCAUCAAGAAUAUGCGGAAGAAACAAGGGCUUGGGCACUACUUUCAGUGGUCCUCAAGUUACAAUAUGUACUCAACAAACUCCAUUCAAUAUCAGAUUUCUUAGCGAUAAAUAUGAAGUUUUUGGAGACAUCAGCGAAUCUGGCCAAAUGAACAAAGGAUUUCGACUCACCUACAUUCAAUCUAGCAAUGGAUGCUAACAAUGGAUGUAAAUAAAUCUAACUAUA